AUGGCUGCUCCUCUUACACCUCUGGAAUGCGCCUAUGGCGUUACAAAUAUCAAACAACAUAUCCCAAUCAUACUUGAUCGUGAUGAUCACAAUUACGAUGCCUGGAGAGAGCUCUUCUUGACUCAUUGUCAGAGCUUUGACGUCUCCGGUCACCUUGAUGGAACCUUGCUACCGACAGACGAUAAUGAUACUGCUUGGACUAAACGCGAUGGGCUAGUUAAACUGUGGCUGUAUGGUACGCUAACCAAAGAACUAUUCAAAAUCAGCUUCAAAACCGGUGGAACCGCUAGAGAAAUUUGGAUCCGCAUUGAAAAUUUCUUUCGCAACAACAAAGAAGCAAGGGCUCUGCAAUUGGAUCACGACUUGCGAACAAAAGAGAUUGGUGAUCUCUCAAUACACACCUACUGCCAAGGCCUCAAGUCAGUCGCUGAUCUGUUGACUAAUGUUGACGCCCCGGUAACUGAUCGUACGCUCGUUACUUAUCUCCUCAAUGGCCUCAGCAGCAAAUACGACAACAUCAUCAAUGUGAUCAAGCAUCGCCAACCGUUCCCUUCCUUUGAUGAUGCUCGUUCAAUGCUUCUUCUCGAGGAAGACCGGCUUAACAGAGGAAAGAAAACUUCUGUCGUCAGUGAUUCUUCAUCUUCUGACAAGGUACUAAACGUCCCAGCUCCACCAUCAAAAUCCAACAAUCAGUCUCAUCAACAAAAGUUCUACAACAACAGAGGAAAGAAGCAGAACAACAGAGGUCGUGGCCGUGGCUACAACAACCAAGCACGACCAAUGUACAAUCAAUGGGGAGUUCCUUAUUGGUUAAAUGGCUAUCCUAUGUGGAUGCAACCACAACCUAUGCACUGGGCCAAUCAUCAACAAACGCCUCCGAAUGCAAACCCAUGA